AUGGAUCCCGAGAGGAGACCCAGGGGGGCCCAGGACAGAACUGGACCCUGCAACACCCCAGCUCCGAGCCCUGCCCCAGCCUCAGACGCCGAGCUGCUGGACGUGCGCCGAGAGACCCCGAGGGAAGAUGAGAAGCCUGCGCGCAAAAGAGCCCUUUCAGAAUUGCCCCAGCUGGGCAACACUGGCCUCGAGGAGGAGCACGGCCCACUGCAGUCCAAGCGGUUGAGGCUGCAAGAGCAGGCGGCCCCCGUGCCUACGCAUGGCGCCAGCCUGGCUCCUCUGCAUGCUGCUGGGAACACUGGGCGGCAAGAGAGGUCGCCUCCGGAAGGGGUUGCUCUUGUCCCAGAAGGAGUCGCCCAGUCCCCUCUGCAGGAGAUCAGUGUGAGCUCCAUCCUGGGAAAUGUGCACACUGUGCCCAAGUGCAGCACCUGUGGCCCCUCAGACUCGGCCCAGCACAUCGAGCGCCACCUGCCGCCGCCCCAGAAGCACAUUUGCUACCACUGCGGCCACAAAGCCGAGAGCAGCACAGCUUCCCAUCUGCACGUCAAACAGGCACGCGCGCCACCGGAAGUCUUCUCCUGUGACCUCUGUGGCUUCCAUUGUGCCGAGGAAAGCCUUCUGAAGGCACAUUAUCUUGGCAAAACACAUCUCCGGCGACAGAAUCUUGCUGCACGCGGCGGAUUUGUACAGAUGUUAACGAAGCAAUCCUUUCCAAAAAACCUGUGUGCCCUUGGAACAAGGAAUGUCCACGCAAAACCAAGAGCUUCUAAAGCAGUAGUUAAGAAUGGUGAUCCAAAAGGAUUAGGAAAGACUGGAAACAGAUGUAAAGAUUUCAGAGAAUGCACUUCUAGACAAAGUGGUGGUGGGAGUGAGCUUCUUGUGAAAACGACGCCGUCUAGAACUUCUGCAGAAAAAGACGCCGUUGGUGAAGAAAAUGUUGCCUCUCUACGUCCAGCACGGAGUCCUGGCGACCAGAGUGAAACAGCAGGAGCUUUAGUGACCCCAGAAUCUCUCUUAGUUCAAGUGGAAUCCCACAGAAACACACCCCAGACUAGCCUAGGUACCAAUAUGAGACCCAGGCCUGAGCGAAACGUUUUAAUGUUGGGGAAUAGCUUUCGACGGCGAACUGGCACGUUCACCUUAAAAGGUCAAGCCAAGAAAAGGUUUAAUAUUUUAGGAAUGAGUAAAAGAGGCACAAAGGAAACUCAGCGGUUGUACAUGAAUCACAUUAGAAUGAAGGUGAAGACAGGUGACACUGAAUCAAUGAUGAAGCAAGUCGAAGCAAGCAGCAGCGCCAGUGGUGGGUGUGUGACUUCCUCAGAAACCCAAGCACUGAAGCAGGACAAGAGGAACUGCAAGCAGCUUGACAUUCUGAUGGCGAAGCCUCCUCCGGACCUCCAAACACUGUGGACUUGUACAGGCUGUGGUCACAUAGCUACAAGCAGGACCGAUUGGGAAAUCCAUGUGGGGAGGUGCCAUGCACAAGGAAUGCCGUUGUACUGCCAGACGUGUGACUUUUCAACCACGUCAAGGAGGGAGUUUGAUGAACAUCUGCACACUAACCAGCAUCAGCCACCUGUCUCUGCUUUCACCUGCCAAUGCUGUCCAUUUGUUUCCUUGGCUGAGCCGAGUCUUCACGCCCACAUGAAAGAGAAGCACAGUCUGGGCUUCUGUUGUACUCCUUGCCAUCUGUUUUUCUCAUCUGAGAAAGACUUGGAAGAACACACGAAAACAACUGAGAAGCAUCUUAGUUCAUUGGUUCAGCCAAAGACUUCUCCGUCUCUUGACCAUGAUUUGGUGUUACAGACAUUGCCUGUAAGGACGUUAGAACUGGCAAGCGCAACAGGUUCUAGGAAUGAGCCGGGCAAGGGCACUCAGGAGGAACCCAAGUCUAGGGCGAACAAUGGAGAUGAAGCAAGGCAGGCAACCUCAAGUAAGCCCCAGUUUCAGUGCAAGAAGUGCUUUUAUAAAACAAGAUCUUCCACUGUCCUUACAAGACAUAUAAAGCUUCGGCAUGGUCAAGACUACCACUUUCUUUGUAAAGCCUGUAAUCUUUAUUCAAUGAGCAAAGAAGGGAUGGAGAAACACAUUAAAAGAAGCAAGCAUCUUGAAAAUGCUAAGAGAAACAAUAUUGGUUUAAGCUUUGAAGAGUGCAUCGAAAGGGUAUGCAUAGGCAUAAAUGAUAAAAAGGAAGAGUUUAGCACUGCUGGACAUGGAAGGACUGAAGGUCAUGUAGAGGGCGUGCAAUUACAGGAGCAGUUCUCCCUUGAGAAGAGCACCCUGACCAUGAAGGGACUGUCCCAGUCUGGCAAAGACAAUGAGUUGGCUUUGACUGGUGCCCCAAAGAGAGGGCGACCUAAAGGGAACCUCUCAAGGACAUGCUCCCAUUGUGGUCUUUUGGCCUCUAGUAUUACAAACCUGACUGUUCACAUUAGACGAAAACACAGUCACCAGUACAGCUAUCUGUGUAAAGUGUGUAAGUACUACACGGUAACCAAGGGCGACAUGGAACGCCAUUGUGCCACCAAGAAACAUAAAGCACGAGUCGAGGCAGAAGCCAGUGGAAAACAGAGCUCAGACAUCAUUGUUGGCCCAGAAGGGGGUCAUCUUGAAGGCUGCAGAAAGACCACCAAGACAGCAAUGACCCUUCCAGAUGAGUGUGCUGUUGAGUCUGCUGAGACCAGGGCCCCCAUUUCAGAAAAGUCAGCAGCAGAUGCUGGAAACAUCACUGAAGUUGAGGUUGAAACUGUUUUUCAUUCCAUGCAUGGGGAAGUUAAUGAUAAAACGGAACAGCUUAAUGAUAAGACGGAACAAGUGUCUCUAGAGCCAGAGGCCCUUCUCCAAGACGGGGAUGCCCAUGCCCAGAGAGAUGUUCCAGGAACAAGUGACAAUAAAUGUGUCCACUGUGAGUUUAGCGCUCACUCUUCCGCUUCUCUGGAACUGCAUGUCAAGCGGAAGCAUACAAAGGAGUUUGAAUUUUAUUGCAUGGCGUGUGAGUACUACGCAGUUACUCGGCGAGAGAUGACCAGGCAUGCCGCCACAGAGAAGCACAAAAUUAAAAGGCAGUCUUACCUGAACUCUUCUACUCAUGUAGAAGCAAGUUCUCCAGACGUGUCCAAAAACAUCAUGGUCACAGAAGAGGAGCGUCAACAAAGUCCUGAAGAAUUUCAGAUAAUCUUCGACCAGUCGCCAGAUCGUCUUAAGUCUAGAAAUGCCACCGAUUGUUCUAUGUUAGGUGCAAAUCCUAAUGUAGACACGUCUCAAGUACUCUGUGCUCCUGAGUCAGUAGAGAUUGCGACUGAAGAAGAAUCUAAUUUGAAUGAAGACCAUCCCUUUGGUGAGACUUACAAGCAGCCCCUUGUCAAGAAUAAAGCUACGAAACCCACGGACACAGUUUCCUUAAAUGUUUCUUCUACCUAUGGCUCCCCAAGCAGACCAGAAUAUGAAAACUCGGAGAGCUCAGUCACGAAUUGUGAAAUAGCGAAAGAAAACCCUGCCCUGCUGAAUGCCCUCAGUGGUCCCCACCCCCAAGGUAAGAGCAGUGUGGGGGGUGUAGGUGAUGGCGAAGAUGCAGCUGUGAAUCCCACUCUGGGUCCCAAAACGUUGGCUGGAGACCACCCAGCAGAACGCGCCGUCCCUAUCGUGUUGGACAUCAUGAGAGAACAGCUGAAUCUGGACACCGGUGAGGCAAGCAGAGGUGGAGGUGUGCCUACUCCUUCAGAGGGCUUGAAAAGAACGCAGGAAGGCUCCCUUCUGGAGCACAGAGAAACUCUGACGAACCCACCACUUGAAACUAAAAUUAUUUUGGAAGCAGAUGGCCCUGCGCCUGGUAGCGUGGUUGAGAAUAACGGUGUGUAUGAAACGGUCGUCAGCAUUGAUGACGAAGAGCAGGCCAUGUACAGUUUGGGCCAGUUUGAUUCCUCCAUAGUCAGGAUCAGGAAUCCCGAGGAUGGUGACCUGAUAGACCAGCCUGAGGAAGGCCUGUUGGCUACUGGAGUGCGAGUUAGCGAGCUUCCAUUCAAGGACACUGCUCCAGGGGCGAAGAAGAAAAAAGCCGAAGGCAGCUGCUUUGGUGAAUCUGCCCGUACUCGUUGCGAUGACUGUGGCUUCCUCGCGGAUGGCUUGAGUGGAUUGAACGUACACAUUGCCAUGAAGCACCCCACGAAAGAGAAGCACUUCCACUGCCUGCUGUGUGGGAAGUCCUUUUACACCGAGAGCAACCUUCACCAGCACUUGGCCAGCGCUGGCCAUCUGAGGAAUGAGCAGGCCAGUGUGGAAGAGCUUCCCGAGGGCGGGGCCACCUUCAAAUGUGUCAAGUGUACCGAGCCCUUUGAUUCGGAGCAGAAUUUAUUUCUCCACAUUAAAGGCCAGCAUGAGGAAUUGCUGCGGGAGGUGAACAAGUACAUAGUUGAAGACACUGAGCAAAUCAACCGGGAGCGCGAGGAGAACCAAGGCAACGUGUGCAAGUACUGUGGGAAGAUGUGUCGCAGCAGCAACUCGAUGGCCUUCCUGGCUCACAUUCGCACACACACAGGAUCGAAACCAUUCAAGUGCAAGAUAUGCCAUUUUGCAACAGCUCAGCUUGGAGAUGCCAGAAACCAUGUCAAACGCCACCUUGGGAUGAGGGAGUACAAGUGCCAUGUCUGUGGGGUGGCAUUUGUCAUGAAGAAGCACCUGAACACUCACCUGCUUGGCAAACACGGAGUUGGCACCCCAAAAGAAAGGAGAUUCACGUGCCGCCUCUGCGACCGGAGCUUCACCGAGAAGUGGGCCCUCAACAACCACAUGAAGCUGCACACGGGCGAGAAGCCCUUCAAGUGCACCUGGCCCACCUGCCACUACUCCUUCCUCACAGCCUCCGCCAUGAAGGACCACUACCGCACCCACACAGGCGAGAAGUCGUUCCUGUGUGACCUCUGUGGCUUCGCUGGCGGGACCCGGCACGCUCUCACCAAGCACCGGCGACAGCACACAGGGGAGAAGCCAUUCCGGUGUGAGGAGUGCAGCUUCGCCUCCACCACGCAGUCCCACCUGACAAGGCACAAGCGUGUCCACACUGGAGAGAAGCCCUACAGCUGUCCCUGGUGUGACUACAGGUCAAACUGUGCCGAAAACAUCCGCAAGCACAUCUUACACACGGGCAAGCACGAGGGUGUCAAGAUGUACAACUGCCCCAAGUGUGACUACGGUACCAACGUCCCCGUGGAGUUCCGGAACCACCUCAAAGAGCAGCACCCUGACAUCGAGAACCCAGACCUGGCCUACUUGCACGCUGGCAUCGUCUCCAAGUCCUACGAGUGCCGGCUGAAGGGGCAGGGCGCGGCCUUCGUGGAGACAGACAGUCCCUUCACUGCGGCCACCCUGGCCGAUGAGGCCCCGGCCAAGGACAUGCCCCUGCGGAGUGGCCGCCGGCCGCCAGCCCCAGCCCAGCAGCUCCAGCAGCUCAUCAUCAUCCAGGGCUACGACGGGGACUUCGCCAUCGAUGCCUCGGUGGAGGAGGCGGCCGCCACCACCCUGCAGACGCUGGCCAUGGCCGGGCAGGUGGCCCGCGUGCUGCACCUCCGGGAGGACGGCCAGGUCGUCUCCACCAGCCAGGGCGCGGCGCACAGCCCGCUGCUCCCGGAGCAGGUGCUGGUGGUCGGGGGCUCGGGGGAGGGCUGCGACAGGGACGGCGGGCCUCUGGGUGCCAGCGGGGCCCUGCUCCAGCAGGUGGCCAAGCAGGAGGUGGUCGGCCUGGCCGAGGCCAGCGUGGCACCGCCCGACUCCUCGGCCCUGGACGCGCUCCUUUGUGCCGUCUCAGAACUGGGCGAGGCCGAAGGCCGGACGGGCCGAGAGGAGAAGAGCAGGUGCGGUCACAGGGACCUGCUGAUCCAUGUGCCCGGCCAGGAGGCCAGCCCUGCCCCCGGGGCCCCUGAGGCCCCUGAGCUACCCCUCUUCCCGGACGUGCAGGGUGGCCCAGCCGAGCUGGAGCCAAUGGAGCUGGUGGCCCAGGUGGUCCGGCCCUCAGGCCUGCUGUCCCCCCAGGAGAGGGCGCAGGUGGCCUUCAGGAAGGUGGUGCAGGACGUGCUGCAGCUAGCUGUCUGUGACGCCACCACCGCAGACCAGCUGCUGCACGAGGGCGCCACCCAGUUCAUCGUGCACGAGGGGGGCGCCGUGCACAUGGUGGCGCGGGAGGGGGCGCAGCUGGUCAUGCAGGAGGCCGGCCCGCGCAGCCUGCGGAGCCCGGCCGAGCACAUGGACCUGCUGGAGUCGGACGGCGAGGUCUCGCAGAUCAUCGUCACCGAGGAGCUGGUCCAGGCCAUGGUCCAGGAGUCGGCCGGCGGCUUCCCUGAGGGUGCCACGCACUACAUCGUCACCGAGCUGCCCCCCGGCCUGCAUGAGGAGGCCGGCCUCUACGCGCACACUGUCAUCGAGACGGCUGGCUCCCCCGAGGGCCUGCCCGCCGGGGCCCCUCUGAGCGCAGAUGCCGGGGCCCCUGAGCAGCUGACCAGCAUGGUCAUCUACACGCAGGCCGGCUCCCCGGCGGCGGCAACUGCUGUGAUCCAGAGGGAGAGCUCUGAGCUGCAGGAGGCCUGACAGGUAUCUGGGCCCCUGGCCUUCUCUCCACACACAUGCGCAGACCUGCCGCAGCCCCCAGCAGGGCCCUGGUGGCGGGGAACCCAGACCCUCUGGGAGCGCCCAGCUGCGGGCCCCCAGCCAUGGUUACUCGUCUGGAAGCAGCUCGCUGCCAUUCUUCCUGUCUGUUUUCUCGCAUUUCUGAACCCGCGGCGCCCGAGGGCCUCUCAGACCAAAGGCAGUGGCCAGUCCAUUUGUGUGUCCCCUCCUCGGCCUCGGGUGUGGGCCCUGUUGCGCUGUGCGUAAAGGAAUUCUCCGGAGGCCUGUGGCUGAGCGAAGCCUGGAAUCUCACGUGCGCCCACGCGCCCGCCCUGAGUGGACACAGCCUCGGAGGGCCGGCCGCAGUGCCCGUGCUCUCUGACACAGUGUGUGUGCAUCUGUGUGCGCGCGGCUGGGCGUGGGGCUCGUGUCCCUGCGGCAUCUGACGUGGAACGUCUGCAGACGAGAGGCAUGCCCGGCCCCAUGCUCUGCUGUCGGGCUGUGGAUUUGCACGACCCCCGAACACGGGCUGGUGUUGCAGGAAUUUGUUUCUUGACGUGACUGCUCUUUAUUUCUCUCCCGAGACUGUAGAAGAAGCGCCUCCCCCCAGAGGCUCAGGUCAUUUUGGUUCCAUUUCUGUUUCCUUUUGAAUAAAACGACUGCGUCCAGCACGCCGCCUA